AAACUGCUCGGUGCGGAAAGUGAAAGUGCGCAUGCGCGCGUAGUUAAACUGACACACGAAACGAAACUAGGCGUCGUUUGCUGUUCUUCUGUUCUACAAGUGAGACGCUCAGGAGACAUGGACACUGCAGAGGAGCUGGACAUUUGUGUCCACUGCAAUAAAGAGGUGGUGAAGACGAAUCUUCCUGUGCAUGAAGCUCACUGCCAGCGUUUCCUGUGUCUCUGCCCCGACUGUGAUGACCAGGUGCCUAAGGAUCAGCUCGAAGAACAUCGGAAGGAACGGCACACUGUGAUCAAAUGCAAGAAGUGCAAUAUGAAGAUGGAAAACUGCAAGCUUGCAGAUCAUGAAGCAAACGAAUGCACAAAGAGGCUUGAGAGUUGCGAGUAUUGUCAGAUGGAUCUCCCUUGGAGCGAUCUGAAGGAGCACACGGUGGCCUGUGGGAGUCGGACAGAACUCUGCCCGGACUGUAAGAAAUACGUCAGGCUGAAAGAUCAGCUCCAGCAUGCGAACAUCUGCAGCUCUGAGGAAGACUUCAGCUUUAAACAUAAUAAAAAUGUAAAGCCUCUGCCAGUGAACACUCUGCAGGAUGAUCAGCUUGAUAAGGAUUUGCCAGAAGAUUGGAGAGAUCACCUUGACAUCCGGGGGGCUGAGUCCGAGCCCGAAGACACGGUUCUGUCACUGUCGGAUCUGCAGAAGAAGAAGAGGAAUGAGAAAAAGGGUUGGGUGGACGAGAAUCAGACCAGCACCUGUCCAUAUUGUCACCUCAUUCUGCCGAUACGCACACUGCAAUGGCACGAGGGCAAGUGCAGGAUUUUCGAAAGUCUGAAACGGGUUAGUGGGGCAAAUGUGAAGAAGUGAGGGGAAGAAACUGUAAACGCUUGACCGCUUACAAGAACACAAGUGCCGACAUCAGAGCUGAUUUCAAAAGUUUUUACUCCUC